AUUGCCUCGGAUUCACUGUCGAGAAAAAGACAGGGCGAAGAGAUUAGGAUCAUCAAUCUCUAAUAUCUAUGAACUUUUCCACAUACAGACAGAAAAGAAAGAAGAAAAGCCCAAUCCAUCCCAGUUCAUGCUGAUCUGAGAUUUGGCAAGUGGUAGAUCAUGGCAAUAAAAGAGAAUCCUGGAGAUAACAGGACCCGGGGUACAAUACUAUCUUUAGUAAUUGUUUCUGGUCUGUGUGGUUUCUUUUAUCUUUUGGGUACAUGGCAAAGAAGUGGUUUUGGUAAGGGAGAUAGCAUAGCUUUGGAGAUAACAAGAAAUGCAGACUGUAGUUUCCUUUCGAAUCUCAAUGUCGAGACUCAUCAUGGGGAUGAAGCUGGGACGGCCGAUGACUCGAAUUUGGCGGUCGAUGCUUUUGAGCCGUGUGAUGAUCGCUAUAUCGACUAUACGCCUUGUCAAGACCAAAUGCGUGCUAUGACAUUUCCUCGUGAAAAUAUGAACUACAGGGAAAGACACUGUCCUCCUGCUGAAGAGAACCUUCAUUGCUUAAUUCCUGCACCAAAAGGUUAUGUGACUCCAUUUCCAUGGCCAAAGAGUAGGGACUAUGUCCCAUAUGCAAAUGCACCUUACAAAAGCUUGACUGUUGAGAAGGCAGUUCAAAAUUGGAUUCAAUAUGAAGGCAAUGUAUUUAGGUUUCCUGGUGGUGGCACACAGUUUCCUCAAGGAGCAGAUGCUUAUAUUGAUCAACUUGCUUCGGUCAUACCAAUAAAUAAUGGACUCGUGCGAACUGCUCUGGAUACUGGUUGUGGGGUUGCAAGCUGGGGUGCUUACUUAUUCAAAAGAAAUGUCAUAGCAAUGUCAUUUGCACCAAGAGACUCACAUGAAGCACAAGUUCAGUUUGCAUUAGAAAGAGGUGUGCCUGCUGUUAUUGGUGUUCUUGGAACCAUAAAGCUUCCAUAUCCAUCAAGAGCAUUCGACAUGGCUCAUUGUUCAAGAUGCCUUAUUCCUUGGGGUGAUAAUGCGGGAAUGUAUAUGAUGGAAGUUGAUAGAGUUCUUAGACCUGGUGGAUACUGGGUGCUAUCGGGUCCUCCCAUCAACUGGAAAGAGGAUUAUGAAGCAUGGCAGCGUCCUAAAGAGGAGCUUGAGGAGGAGCAGAGAAAGAUAGAAGAUAUCGCCAAACAACUCUGCUGGGAAAAGAAACACGAGAAGGGUGAAAUUGCUAUCUGGAGGAAAAGGGUUAAUAAGGACUAUUGCUCAGACCAGGCUUCUCAAGUUAAAUUUUGUGACACCAAAAAUAAUGUAGAUAGUGUCUGGUACAAGAAGAUGGAGGCUUGUGUAACCCCUUAUCCAGAAACUAGUAUUUCAGAUGAAGUUGCUGGCGGUGAAUUGAAUCCAUUCCCGGGAAGGCUUUAUGAUGUUCCUUCUAGAAUAACAAGUGGUUUUGUCCCAGGAGUCUCUGCUGAUUCAUAUAAAGAUGAUUUCAAAUUAUGGAAGAAACAUGUCAGUGCCUACAAGAGGAUCAAUAAAAUAAUUGACUCAGGUAGGUACAGGAACAUUAUGGACAUGAAUGCUGGACUAGGAAGUUUUGCUGCUGCACUUGAUUCUCCCAAUUAUUGGGUUAUGAAUGUUAUGCCAACUGUGGUUGAGAGAGACACCUUGGGUGUUAUAUUCGAACGAGGAUUAAUUGGAAUUUAUCAUGAUUGGUGUGAAGCCUUCUCCACAUACCCGAGGACUUAUGAUCUUAUUCAUGCUAAUGGUGUUUUCAGUUUAUACAAGGACAAAUGUAGUGCUGAAGAUAUACUGUUGGAAAUGGACCGGAUAUUAAGACCAGAAGGAACAGUUAUAUUCCGAGACCAGAUGGACGUGCUAGUGAAGGUGAAAAGACUCGUUUCAGGCAUGAGGUGGAAGACGAAAAUGGUGGAUCACGAGGAUGGGCCUCUCAUACCCGAGAAAGUGUUGUUUGCUGUUAAACAAUAUUGGGUUGCAGGUGGGAAUUCAACGACAUCCACCUAAAAGAGAAAAAAAAAAACUUUCAAAUUUCGAUAGAACAUUGGAAGAUUCAACUCCGCCUUGCCUGCCACUUCAUCUGACAACACUGCUUGUGUAGUUGUUCUCUUGUUACAAUUUUUUGUUUGUACUAGAGUUUUGAUAAUCCAUUGUUUAUGCUUAUUAAGCCAUUAAUGUUAAUUUACUUUUUUUGUAACCAAUUCUCUUCUACAUUCUUACACUAUUUUUAGUACAAACAGUCUACACUAUUUAUGUAAAAUUAAUUUCAGUGAGUCAACAUUUGAUCAG